UGUAAAUGAGUGUGGAAAUAACAAAAAUAAUGAAUUUGCUUGGAACUUGGUGAUGUUCGUAACCGUAGACACUUUCAGUGCUGUCACUUUGACAUUGACAAGUGCGGUUAUGUCUGUGUUAUUGAACCCCUGAUAUAAAAUUUCCGCCCAAAUAAAUUUCCCAAAAUCGCGUUUUGGGUCCAACGAUGGAGUUAUCGCCCCCUGUGAAGCCCCCUCGGGGCGUGAAACCGGUCAAAGAAACGAGCGGUCUUCUGAUGUCCGUUAUCCGCACCCUGUCAUCAAGCGAGACCAACGAGCAGCGGGACAAGGAGAAAUCAAAGCUCGAAACGGAGUACAAAAACUGUGAUAGGAAACUGGACGAAUUGGUGUCAAAACAUGAGUCGGAUUUGGCCAAAGUUAUGCAACAGUUUGCGGCAAUCUCGCAAAUCGUGAGCGACAAUCGUCUGAAAAUCGCCAAAGUGAAGGAGCAUUUGCAGGAUUGUAAGAGGAAGUUGAGGUGUCGCAGGGACGAGUUGCGGAAUUUGUGGCUCGAGGGGCUCGAGUAUAAGUACAUGCUUCAGCUGCUCGACGAAAUUGAGAAAAUGAGUCAAGUGCCUGACCGUUUGUCGAACUUUAUGUCGCACAAACAGUACUUGCAUGCGACUGAGCUCCUUGUCGAAGCGGUCACUUUGGGGAAAAACACUCUCGAAGGUGUUGAAAGUCUCAAAGAGCUCAGUCGCGAGUUGGAACAAAAGAAGGAACAACUCCACUUGCAACUUUUCGCCGAGUUGAAAGAGCACUUGUUUACACGGCCUGCUCAGCGAGUUCUGGCUUUAAGGCGGCAGGAGUCAGGCCGUGAUAAUUUCCUCAUAAAUUCGCCUUUGCAACGCAGCACUGAGUUGCGAUUGUCGCGGAAUCGGAUGGCCGUCAGGAGAAAUAUCUUCGAAAGUGCUCAAAAACUCGACAAUUUCAACGUUGUUGAAGACCUAACAACUGCGAACCCUGAGGAGAAUUCUUAUCAUUUCAUUGUUAUCCUAAUCAAAUGUCUGGCUUUGCUUGAUAAGCUGCCGUUCGCUGUGAGCCGGAUUAAGGAGGAGAUGCAAGUUUUUUUACUGGGGAUUAUUCAGCGCUCCACGCAACAUAUUAAGGACUUUGCCGGCUUGCAGACUGAAACGGACUACAAGCAGGCCUUGAAGGAGCUCGUGCAAACUUUGUUCGAACAAUUCAAGGAAGUGGCAGAGGCGCAGUUGGUGUUUUUGCGCAACGUUGAAGAAGCCGCUAAAGUACACAACACUCAAGUCAGCACCUACAGCAUCCAGUUUUACUGGACGCAAGUGCAAAGUGUUCUCGAAAUUUUCCUAAACGAGUAUUUGGACGUUGAAAACACCUCGACCGAAUCACACGUGAGCAACAAGUCGGACGCUAAUGAUUUGUCGUCGUACUUCGGGCGCCGGAAGCAACCAAUCAAGAAAAAAUCCUUGUUUAAGUUUGAUAGUUCGUCCAGUGCCCUUACACUUAGUAGUACUUUAAAGUCGACCAAAAAGGAUAAAAUUCUCGUUUGUAGACCGCAUUCUAAUAAUAUUUUGAUCGUUUUCAUCCCUUUUAUGUGCUUUAUUGAAGAAGUUGAGCAAGUUUUGGGCCAGAACGGGCCGUGUCAGCUGCAUCGUUUUAUCACCCAAUACGUGUCUGAAGUUUAUUUGAAGCGGAAAUCGGAUGAAAUAAUUGAACAGAUCGAAACUGCAGUCCGUGCUGCUGAUGCAUGGAAGGCUACAGUUCUUCUAGAUUGCACGGCCGAUUAUAAGCCACUUUUAGUGAGUACGGCCAGUGUUGAACGUUGUAUACGUGAGUGGAAGGCAGUUUUGCAAGCCUUACCGAUUUAUAGCGAACGAAUAGCUGUAUAUUCGUGUAAAGCCUUGAAGGAGUACAAAGAUACGUGUUUUGCCGCCUAUUCUGGAAUUGUUCAGCCACAUUCUGAGGAUAGGAGGAUUUGCAGCGCCGCCUGGUUGAAGGACGAGGACAUUAGUCGGUUUCUGAAGUCUUUGCCCAACUGGGUGAACCUGAAGGCCCAGCAGGAGUACCACGCCCGCAGCGAGCGCAUCCGGCGCGCCCUCCGGCGGGAGCAGCGCUCGGAAGAGGAGAGUCCCGAAGACGUGCGCAAGCGCAAUCGCCGCGAGGCCGAAAUUCUCGCCAGCAAUUUGGGCGAAGGCGGCGUCAGUGCGUCGGAAAUCCUGUCGGACAUGGCCCUCCUCAAGGAAUUGGCCCAAUUACAGGAGAGUAUGGAGUGGUUCUCGGUUAGAAUGUUCCAAUACACGAGCGAAUUCCGGCACGAGCCGGCCGGCUUAUCACCGUCUAAGCCCGACAGCGAGAUGGAGGGCAUAGCCCCAGUCUCGGGGGCUGUGCUCCAACAGCUGACAAGUCUAGCACAGGAGUUUGACGAGUUGGCUAACACUUGCCUUCUGUUGUUACAUCUCGAGGUGAGAGUGCAAUGUUUUCACUAUUUGUUGGCGCAGACUCACCUGAAUCGAGAGACCCAUGAGCCCGACCCGAAGGUGUUGGAGUUGAGCCGAGUGCUGGCGAAUGUGGACGAAGCGGUUACGUCCAGUUUGCAUCCCAGGAAGUGUAAAUACAUUUUCGAGGGCUUGGGUCACUUGAUUGCGAAAAUUUUGAUCAGUUCGGCGCAGUAUUUGCAGACGAUUGACGAGGCGGGGAUUCAGCGAAUGUGUCGGAAUAUUUUCGCCCUUCAACAGACUCUCACCAAUAUUACAAUGACGAGAGAGUUGGCGUUGGAUCAUGCGCGCCAUUAUUUCGAAUUGUUUUUCUUGACACCGGAGGAAAUUUUGAAUGGGAUUGUGGAAAAAGGUCCAGAAUUUUCCGAAUUGGAAUAUAUGAAUGCGUUCCAGUUGUUGAACAGGAGUCAAGCGGAUCGGGAGCAUGGAUCUGUCACUGUUCAUUUGGAGCGACUGUCGGAUAUCUUGGGCGAAGUUGGGAUGACGGUCUAGUGAUUAUUAAGAGUUUAGUAUUAAUAUGUUGUAAUUUAAGACAAUAAAUAAAAUUAUUAAUCUUUA